AUGAAGUCCUGCAAGCCCGGCCUCCCCGCGGCCGGGGCGCGCGCCCGGCCCCCCUGCGCCGCCGGCGGCGCCGAGUGCGCGUGCGCCGGCGCGUGCGCGGGGGCCGGGCGGCCGGAGAGCGCGGCGCGCCGGCGGCUGGCGGCCAACGCGCGCGAGCGGCGCCGCAUGCAGGGGCUGAACACGGCCUUCGACCGGCUGCGCCGCGUGGUGCCGCAGUGGGGCCAGGACAAGAAGCUGUCCAAGUACGAGACGCUGCAGAUGGCGCUGAGCUACAUCAUGGCCCUGACCCGCAUCCUGGCGGAGGCCGAGCGCUUCGGCGCCGAGCGGGACUGGGUGCACCUCCACUGCGAGCCCCUGGGCCGCGGCGACCCCUUCCUCCCGUUCGCGGGCGCCAAGCUGCCGCCGCCGGGCGAGGGCGAGCCCUAUGGGCAGCGGCUCUUCGGCUUCCAGCCUGAGCCCUUCCAGAUGGCCAGCUAGGGCGCGCCGCCCCGCCGCCGGGGGUGCUGGCCCGGGAUCGAGCCCCGGAGCCCGCCUCCCCCUUCCCCUUUCACCUGAAUCCACAGGUGACCUUUUGGUGACCAAGGAUGUAUUCUGAGCAUAAAAAUGAGCCAACGUUCUGGUUUACCUGAUUUUGCAUCCCUAGGCGAUGGACACGGUGAUUUGUCUCUCCCCCCUCCCCCUUCUUACCAGUAUUUUGCAGAUGUCAUAGAUGGAUAUUGUGAAUGGUUUUGAUUGCUGUGAAAAUAAUCCCCCCCCUCCUCUCUCUCUUUUUUUUUUUUGACUACUCGGAGGGAAAACCAUCUAAAGUAAAAAAAUAGAAGUAGGCUAUCCUGCAGCGUUAGUCCUCGGAGAAAGGAUCACUUCCUUACACUUUGUAAGUUUGUACUGUGCGGGUGAAGUUACAGUAUCCAUUCCUUGCAUAUGCUUAA